GUGACGGUGCUGGCCGUCGACCAGGGCAAAACGCGGUUGACCGGCUCCACUCUGGUCAACGUGACCAUUACCGACGUCAAUGAUCACACUCCGCAGCUUCUGCCUUGCGCUCCGGCCCCAGUAGCUGGCAGUCCCCUCGGCGUCAAUCAACGCGACUUCGUCUUCCUCGGCGCUGAGGGCAGGAACGGCCCAACCGGUGCUGGCGGCUCGACGACGACGGAACGAAGGCAAAAUCAACUGCUUGUGCGCGAGAACGCCGGGCCCAACACUUUCAUCGGCCAACUGGUUGCCAUCGACGAGGACGUUGGUCUGAAUAGUCAAGUGACCUUUGAACUGCUCGGCGACUAUUACUCGGCCUUGGCGGGUCGUUUUCGCCUCAUGCGAAACGGAUCACUGUACACUUCUCACAAACUGGAUCGCGAGGAGCGUGUGAGUAUACCGGGGAUCGUUGCUCUGCUUACCUGGCAACUUCACUAUUUCACCCUCUCCCCUUUUUCCUCACACUCCCUGCCAUCUUUGGCCUUUCCUCAACCUUGGAGGAUAGAAGUGAACGACGACGAUUUAACCAAUUUCCUUCACUUUGGUCCUGAUUAA